GGUCACAGGUCAGCAUGUGUGAUGGACAGAGAGAGGGAACUCCUUCAGUGAAAGAGCUGGAGAAGGUUCUGUAUGGAGGGAGACGGAGCGGAAAUCAUGUGGAUGAAGUCUGGCCCAACCUGUUCCUGGGAGACAUGUCAAUAGCUAAUGACCGCUAUGGCCUGUGGAAGCUGGGGAUCUCCCAUGUCCUGAAUGCGGCCCAUGGGAAAAUGCACUGUCAGGGCAGCCAUGGGUUUUACGGCUCGUCUAUAGAAUACUACGGCAUACCUGCGGACGACUCGCCCUCCUUCAACCUGUCUGUUUAUUUCCAGCCGUGUGCCGACCACAUCCAUCAGGUGCUGAGCUCACCUGGAGCACGGUUGCUGGUGCACUGUGCGGUGGGCGUGAGUCGCUCUGCUUCGUUGGUGCUUGCCUACCUGAUGAUCCACCAGAAGCUCCCCCUGCUGGAGGCCAUUAAAACUGUCAAAGAGCACCGGUGGAUUUUCCCCAACCGCGGAUUCCUCAAACAGCUCCGAGCUCUGGAUAUCACACUAUACGGCUCAAAGUGAACAAGCAGCAACACUCAGGACUGUAAUUCCUGAUCUAUAUUGCUGUAAAUACCCUGUGC